AUGUCAGGGAGAGCUCGUAGGUACAUGAGUAAGCGAAACCGCGCUUGUGAUUCCUGUCGGGCUAGGAAGGCAGCUUGUCGCAUUGAUCGAGCACCUCCCUGUUAUCUUUGCACACUUCAUGGGAAAGAGUGCACAUUCCUACAGCCAACCUCAAGGCCACGCCAGCUUUUUUCCGACGUGGUCAGCCCAGAGAUCCCCCAACAGGCUGAGGUAAACUCACGCUCAGAGCAGCAUGAGGUUUCACCAGUUGGUGACUCAGUCCACUACGAUAUCUUGAUGUCAAUUGAUCAUGAUGGGGUAGAUCAUUCGGUUGCCACUGCACCCGAGGGGUUUCAUGACUUUUUUGAUGGAGCUGGAGUAUCAUUAUCGGGUGGCUUUGGAGAUGGCACAUGGCCAACUGGAUUUAGUCCAGGGAGCUUUAUCUAUCCAUCUCCUGGGCUGCCAGGGACUGGUCGCUCGGAGGAUAGAGGUUCAUCGCAGGCCGCCUGCCUGCCAUUGCUUAUGCAAGAGAAUGGCUCAUCGAUUUGCCUUGAUACUCAAGGUGUAAUGACACCACAGUUGCUCGGCAGUAGUGGCGAUAUGGACCCUUUGCUGAUGAGUCGUUAUCAAUACGACACAUCUGGGGCUUUUCAUUUCAAAAAUCUCAACAUCCAAUCUGUGUCUUCAGGGGCCGACCAAACUCAAUUUCUACUGUCAAAGCCAUCAAUAUUUGCUGCCAGCAGAGAGGAAAACGGAUGCGAGAACGUUUCGACCCUUGAGUUGAGGCAGGAACUCGAGACUUUGGUCCCAGGAGAUAUUGGAAUCAGGCUAAUUAACCUGUUUGAGAGGAUUGUCGCACCGGAUUACCCAAUACUUGGUCCACCAGGCCAAUUAAAUCCCAGCACCAGCCCGCCAUACCUCCUUGCGAGCGUAUACCUAAUAGUCGAGCCCUUCACUAAAUUUGACGAAAGACUAUGCAUUGAUCUCGCAUAUGAUAAGCCAUCAAGUGUGGCACUGUACGAUAUUAUCAACAAAGCGCUUCCACAUGAGAUACAUGCCCCGAAGCUUUGUAUUGUACAGACAAUGCUUCUUUUGGCCAUUCGACCUUAUCCAAACCCAAUUGUAUUGGAUAGUGGCUUCAAAUGGUCCCAACUUGCCACUCUUAUUGCUUGCGCUCACACCCUUGGGCUACAUUUGGAUCCAAAGUCAUGGAGAAUACCUCCAUGGCAAAUUGCCCAGCGACGUUGUCUGUCUUAUUUCAUUUAUUCGACAGACAAGUGGCUUGCAUUGAGCCUUGGUCGGCCACCUUUACUACACUAUGAUAACUGGCUCGUGACAAGUCCUAGCCAAGAGGAUCAUCCUGUCAGUGGACUUGACCCUCUAGCCUGGACGAACAUCAUGAAGCGAGCGGAACUCGACUCUCUCCUUGAUCGUGUUCUAACCCAAUUAUACUCUCCCCGUGCCAUUAAUACCAUAUCUACCGAUUACGAGAAGACUAUCGCGUUGACGGGUCCACUGCUUGAAGAUCUCUUCUCAUGGCAUAGACCGGUAUUUGCGCCAUCGACCGAUUUUAGAUCAUCGCAUCAAGGCAGACCAAUCGGACUAGAAAGAACACUCGAGACGAACUACCAUUACAUUCAUCUUAGUAUUUGUAGGGCCAUUCUGAGACCAUUCCUGCAGCCAACUGUCGAAAAUUUGAACGAGGCCGAUUAUAUACUAGCGCGUGAGCAGGCCCGGAUCCGAGCAGAAACCUGCAUUUCUGCGGCAGCGGAAUUUAUUUACGAGCUGCGCCCAGAGGACCUUGAGGCUCUAUGGCCGGCCUGGAGUGCAACCGCAUUCUCGUCCAUCUGUUUCCAAAUCCUGCACAUGGCUGCCAGCUCCAUUGAUAGGAGCGAGGCAGAUAAAUGGGUCACUUGCUUGCACAAAGUGCGCCGGGAUAUGCGCCUGAAGGCUGAUGUUUUGCCUUGCCUCCAUCUUGGCCUUCUCCGAAUUGACUCCCUAUUUUGGAAAGGAAUUGAUAAUGUGUUGCAUUUGGAAGAGCAUGUCCGGCAAGCUUUCGCGUCAGGCUCAAGCAUUGGUCGGUCUCUUGGUAUAACCGGUCCAGCCAAGUGACCAUGUGUUGCAUUGAUAUUUACUAUUAAAUUCUGAAUAAUGAAAUUAGAGGCAGUUGUAUGAACA